UUUGUUGUCUUCUACGUUCUCUAUUUCCUUUUCUGUUUACCUUUGUUUUUAAAAGUGUUCUUUCGUUGGUGGUUCUCACGGUCUUGAGCCUUUCAGUUUCCUUCAACAGAGACCAAAUCAUAUUUCAUUUUUUUUUUUUAAAUCCAGGUUUGUCCCAGCGCCGGCACUGGCCACAAUUGUCAUCAGCAUUGAAACUUGUCCAUGAGAAACGAUGAAAGUAUAUGAGUCUAUGAACAUGGAGGAAAUUCACGAACAGAUCCAUUAAAAGAGGACUUUUGAGAUAAGACGUUAUUAUUAGAGAUGAAUUUCACAGAAUCAAUGAACGUUGUGCACAACAGAAUCCAACAACUCGAACCUGAAAACGCUUCGAAAAUCAUUGGUUAUCUCUUGUUGAUGCAAGAACAUGGCGACCGGGACAUGAUCCGUCUCGCCUUCUGCCCUGAUUCUGUGAUGCGUUCCAUGAUCAACUUCGUUAAAUGCGAACUAGCUAAAGAUCCUCGUUACCACAGCCCUCCUUCUGAUCACCUCCCUAUUCGUAAUAGUUUCGGAACCUUCACCGGUUCAUCAAUCCAGCCUCCCUCGGCAUCGGUUUCUCCUCCUUCGAGAACCGGUGUUUGGGAGAAUUCAACUGAGGUUGAUUCACUCCAGUUCUUGAACUUUGACGAUUCAAUGACGAGCCCUGAGUUCUCUAGUGGCUUCUUCUCUCGGGAUCACCAAUGUCUGCCUUUGAGAACGAGCAGGAGAUCACCGAGUUUACCCGAGUUCCCGGUGAAAAUAUGUCACUACUUCAGCAAAGGGCACUGCAAGCACGGCAACAAUUGCCGCUACUUCCACGGGCAGAUCAUACCGGAGAGAGAGAGUUUCUCUCAGAUGUUUAAUCCAAACAACGUAAGUGAUGAAGAGCACGUUGUUUCUCCUGGAUCACUAGAGAAGCUUGAAGGAGAGAUCAUCGAACUGCUGAAAUCAAGAAGAGGCGCUCCAAUUUCCAUAGCUUCGUUGCCAAUGAUGUACUUCGAAAAAUACGGUAGGACCCUUCAAGCUGAAGGAUAUCUCACAGAGUCACAAAGACAUGGCAAAGCUGGCUAUAGCCUCACCAAGCUUCUUGCUCGCUUGAAGAACACCAUCCGUCUCAUCGACAGGCCUCAUGGGCAGCACUCGGUUAUAUUAGCAGAAGAUGUACCAAAGUUUGUGGAAUACAUGGAAGAGAGAAACGAACACGGAGCGAUCCUUGCUGGUUCCAAACAGAUUUACCUGACAUUCCCAGCAGAGAGUAGUUUCACCGAGCAUGAUGUCUCAAACUACUUCUCCAAGUUUGGACUCGUGGAAGAUGUGAGGAUUCCUUGUCAACAGAAGAGAAUGUUUGGAUUCGUAACAUUUGUUUACACCGAAACCGUCAAACACAUUCUUGCUAAAGGCAAUCCUCAUUUCAUCUGUGGGGCUCGUGUUCUCGUCAAGCCUUACCGGGAAAAAUCACGCUCUAGUCGAUAUCUUGACAAUAACAAGCCUCUUCACGGGAUGCGGUAUGGCUCCCAAUACAUCGACAGAGACAUGGAGAUGAACACAUUGCCAGCGCGUGUAAGUGAGAGCUCAAGACUAAUGAGAAAGCAGUUUCUUGAGGAACAUGAGCAAUCGGUUUCAAAGUCCUUGCCUACUAAUUACUCCUAUCUCGGCUUCUCCGAUGACUUUAAACUAACUGCAGAUGGUAUUUAUAUAGCGGAGCUAGAGGAACAAGCAGGACGGUUGAGCUAUCUGCUGGAGUAUUUGAACACCGAAGACAACGUCCUGAACAUAUCCACUAACUACAAAGACACUGAUCGGAGAAUCCAUUGUGAACCUAUGGACAACCAAGUCUUGAAUCUACCAGAGAGUCCGUUUUCUUCCCUUUCUGGGAAGGAGAUUUCGACAGUUACGUAGAGAUGAAGAGAUUAAUACCUAACCAAAAGAGAGAAGAGAAGAUAGGAGCAUAAAGGUUAGAGGAAAUUUCACAAAGAUCAAAUAAUCAUCAGUCAGCAAAAAAAGAGUUUUUUUUUUUUAAUAACGUUCUUGCAUGGCAACUUUAGAAUCUUCAGCAAUAACAACCAAAGAGAAAAAGAGGUUGCUUCAACUACAACAUGAGCCAAGCAGCUUGAGACAAUUAAAGUAAAAGUGGUUAUAAUAAUAAUUCAAAACUUCAUAAAAUGUUUAAUUU